GUACCAGUUCGCCCAGUGCCGCCUUAUGGACAACACUAAGUUCCAGAUCGUUCUGGCGGCGGCGCUUCUGGCCGUGUGCACUGCGGCGCAAACGGCUCCCGGCGGGCCCCGGGAGCGGCGCCAGGCGCCCGCCUACAGCCCGCGCAGCUACAGCCGCGCCUCAGCCCAGAGCAGCCCUCGGGGCCACCAUACAGCCGCAGCGCACAGCUACCGGACGGCGGCCCAGCCCGGCCAGAGCACCUACCGACACACCUACAGCUCGGCGACGAGCCAGCCGGCCAGUGGCGGACAAACCUACCAGUGGAGCUACCAGUCUCCGGGCUACGCUGCGGCAUACCAGCAGACAGCGUCCCAGACAACCACCGCAGCCCCCGGCUACCAGGGCAGCUACAGCACGCCCAACUUGUGGCAAAACGGCUACAAAGCAGCGUAUGGCAGCCAGCCUAACUACCAGACCCAGAGCAGUCAGUCUGCCGGCUACAAAACACCGGCAGUUCAGCAGGCAGCCUACAGUGUACCGGGCUACCUGCAAACUGCCGGUGGCCAGAACGGCUACCAAGCGGCGGGCACGCAAACAAGCCAGCCUGCCGGCUACAAUACGCAAACAGCUCUGCAGGCAGCAUAUAUAGUGCCGGUAAACUACGCCGCUUACGCUGUGUCGACGGAUGGCCAGACGGGUUAUAAGUUAGUGACCACUCAACAGACUGGCUAUAGUGAGCCUACAGUUCAGCAGAGUGCAUAUGACGCGCAGACGAGUGGAUAUGACGCCCAGCAGAGCGGGUAUAACACGCCAAGUCAGCAGGCCGGCUACGGAACACCCAGUGAAGGGAUAACACCUACUGCCGCUGCUGUCUACAACACCGGCCACAAUGCGCCCGCCUACGAUCACGUUCAUAACAGUGGAUCAGCGCCUCACAGGGACUACAGCGGUGGCCUAAACACCAGUCCAAAUGCCGUCACUGGUAGCUCAGCAACCAGCACCGAACAGCGAGUCCCAGCUCCGGGCCGCACUAGCAGCACCAGCUCGCCAAGCGUCACAGGCAGGAGCUCGCCGGUCGAGCCGUCGACGGGCAGCGGUCGCGGUCGCCGACGGAACCAGACUGUCGGCACGAGCUCCGAACCUCCUCCGAGCUCACCGACGGGGGUAGAGCGGCGCGUCCCUUCCCCCGCCGACCGACGAAAGAGCCGCCGACGGGGGAGGACCUCCGCGACUGGCCGCGGCAGAUCUGCUGACCGCUCGACAGCCCGGACAGCCAACUACCAGUCCCCGACCGCUGCUCCGGAGCCAGCGAGUGGGAAAAGCGGAGGCAGUGGAAAGAACGGACCGUCUGCCCCAGCUGACCCGGCGCCGCAGCAGAAUCACCGCAGGACAGAGGUCAGCCACUUCACCAAGAAUGAAAUAACAUCCGGUCAACGCCGCAAGGACCAGGGACUCCCCAACAGCUCGACGGCUUCAGGAGCUCGGUUCUCAAACAGCUUCAACAGCCAGAGCUACCAGUACAGCUGUAGCGGUCGCUCCUCCUCCCGGAGCGGGUACAGGUGUACCGGGUACCGGGAGAGAACGUACACAAAGUCGGGCUCAGAGCAGCCUGGCUACACGACCACAUACCGAGAGGCGUUCACCGGCCCGGCGCCGCCGCAGAAGAGCAGACACGACACCGCGUACUAUCCCUGACCGAGCAGUGAAGCGUGUCUACGAAUCUGUUAAUGUUUUGUCUUUUGUAUACAGAUAGAUAUGUGUGAUAUGUAGAAAUAUAUGGCCAAGUACUCGUUACAA